AUGAUUAAGGUGAAUAUCAGCUAUAUUCAUUAUCCUUUAGGGUCAUUACUAAACAAUCACAGCCGGAAGUUGUUUUUACCAUACACCUCAAGAUUUAUUUCAUCUUCCAUUUUUAUUAAAGGAAAAACACCAGAUUGCAAAAAUCUUGAGAAUAAUCUUGAAUUGAAUAAUCCGAAUGAGAAAAAAAUAAAUUGUGACAAAAUCGAUAGGAUAAAACAAGAAUCAGCACAAAAUGGAACUUCCACUCAAAGUGAAAUGCAAAAGAGUGAGGUGAAAUUACAGCUCGACCAGUCAUUUCUGAGUGCAAGCACUGAAGAAAUGAUAAACAAUCAAGUUAUUCCAACCGAUAAUCGAACUGGGAAUAAAACUGAGUCUGUAUCUUCAAAUAAAACAGAACGUUUGAUAACAGGUAUUGGAAACACAACGGCAGAAUUAAAAGAGGAAACUGAAAAAGAAGACAUUCAGAAUGGAAUACAGACCAUCAAACCUAGAAAUAAAAUUAAAAACACCAGUGAAAACUGGACAAAAUUACAGGAUCUAAAUUUGUUUAAAUACAUUGGCAGCGACUAUCAAACUAAUCACAUUAUUGGAAAAAUUGCUGGCAAGAAUGCAUAUAAAUCGCUAAUUUCCAUGCUUUCGAAAAAUAAUAAAAUAACUAAUAACUCAUCUUUCACUGAGUUCAAUCCUUUUGAUUAUGAUGAUUAUUUGUACCUUUUGAGUGGGACGCUCAAAAGAAAUGUAUCCAGUGGUAAGGAGUUCAAGAUUAACAAGUAUCAAAUGUUCAUUCAGAAAAAUGCUGAGAGACUAUCUCAAUUUCAAAAAGAAUUUAAUGGCAAGCACAAGGGUCACAGUAAUAGCAAAUUUAACAAAGAAACCAGAGAAGCAUACAAAACCCUACUCUCAAAACUAUUCAAUAACAUAAUUUCAGAAUGCUAUUUUGAUCAAAACUUGGAAACAACCACUCGAAAAUUGAACACAUUUAGUAGAAUGGAUGAAAAGCCUGGAUUUGGUUCAUUGGUACAGUUUGUUGACAACAGCCACUUUUUAGCGCUAGGAAGUCGUUAUCCAAAUGUAUUAAAUUUCGGGUUGGUGAUCAAUGAACAAAAAACAUUGUUUAAUGACUUGACAGGUGUUAGUGAUAGUGGCGCUAAAGGCAAUUUUAAUAAGAGUCAGAAUUUAUUUCUCAAAAAUACUAUUCCAGUACUAACAAUUGAUAAAAAAGUCGUUGACAUCAGGCCAAACCAAAUUAGUUUUCAAAUUAACUCAUUUUUCGACCAGCAUAAAUUAUACGAUAUAAUCAGCGAAAUUGAUAACAUUGAAAAGGCUUUCACGUUUAGAGAAAAUCUUUUAAACUUUUUGAUAAUGUUUCUUGUUGAAUUCAACUUGUUAGCUUCGAAGAUGAUGAACGAUAUAGAUUUACAGGUCAAAUCGGCAUUUGAUAGCUUGUCCAAUGAAAGCUCAAUUAAUACAUUGAACUUGGCUUAUUUCAUGGUAAAUUUGCCAUUUUUUAAAAAUAAUAGUAACUCAAGUUUUAUACUAUAUUCUUAUAACUUCUUUGAUAUUCCUAUCCUAAAUGCUAUACUAUUCUAUGCACUCCACUUAUCAGUUAUUAAUAAUCCUGUGCGGUUUUUGCACUUAAGCUCUCCGUUAUAUUUACCAUCUACAAAAGCUAAUAAUCAAUCAAGUAACUCGAUUGUUCAAUCCAACGGAUUGAUAAACUACAACUACUAUUUAAAUACAUCAAAAAAUGUAAUUUGGAUAAAGCACGCUAUGCAAAUUUUGGAUGAUGAUAAAAAUAUAAAAAAUGUACAACAUUAUGUUGAUCUUUUUUUAGUUAAAUACCUUGAAUGUAUCUGGGCUAUUAAUGAAAAGGGACAGGAAGACUACCAGGUAGAUAUGAACUCAGUCAUAAAUAGUGUUUUCAUAUCAGAUGAGGAGUUACAAUAUCUUACUAGCAUUAUAACUUUGAUGAAGUACUAUGUCAUGUAUCCACAUUAUGAAUUGGGAAAGUAUGUAAAAAAAAUUGUGGGACCAUUGCUAGUGUACGAAAAGUCUCGUUUGAUUUCAACGCAGAAUUUGAAUUAUUUGAGCAAAGCUCAUGGUUUAUUUUACAAUCCUUUAACUAGAGACUAUCAAUCUUCCAACUUCGGUUUCAAUAUCAAAGUUCUGGAGAAUAUAACAGAUUCUGACUACUUUACUGAUGCGUUAUUAUCAUCAGAUCCAACUAUCAAUGAAGAUUACUUGAAAAAAUUCAAUUCGAUUCGAACCAGUCCUAAGACUGUACACUACUUUUUAAAGCUAUUCGGUGUUUAUGACAAGAAUAGUGAUAUUUUUUUGUCAAACAGUUUGAUAAUUGAAACGCCAGCUCGAGAGGCUCCUGCUGUUUCUCGAUUGCAAAUUGACGCCCACAUAAAGGCACUUUGUGAGCAAAAUUAUUUUAAUUAUUCUGUUUCUCAGAGAUUACGAUCGAAAAAAAAUGAAAAACUUGAUCCCAACAAAUACAGUAGCGCAAAAGGUGCUAAUGUGGGAAAUUUCGAUUUUUUUCAUCAUCUUCGAUCAAAUGAAACAGAAAUUCCAACUAAAAUAUUUGGCUUGCCGAGCAAGUUUAUACACGAUUCAUUAGGUUUGCCAUCUUAUUGUUCUGAUAUGGGGGUUUCCUUAGAGAUGGUUGACUCAAGGAACUGGAAAUUGAAGUUUUAUAUUCCUGAUAUUGGAAGCUUCAUUGCACCAAACUCUUACCUCUUUGAGAAAAUCACCCAAAACUGCUCACUCAAUUUUGAGAUAGGAAAUGAGUUUUUCCAUUAUUUGCCAAAGAACAUUAUAUAUCAACACUGCUUAAAGUGCAAGUCGCAUAGGGAGGUAGACUACUCAAGCAAAUAUUUAAAUGUUAAUGAGGACCCAGAUUCAAACUCGAAUUUUGAUUUAUUGUUUGAUUGGAGAGGCCAAAACAUUACCCAGGUUUUGACAUUGACAUAUAACUACAAAAACGAGAUUGAAGAUCCAUUUAGGUUGGAAAAUGAAGUAGAGAUAAAACUUGAAAACAUUGCACAUAGUGAUAUAAGAGUGUUAAGAAUGAAAGAAUUAGAUGAAGUAAUCAACGAAAGAUUCAGUCUUUUGAAUAAAUUUGGGCUUUUGAAUAGUACAAACGAUAAUUUUGAAGAAGAAAUGGAAAUUGAUGAGUUGACCCGACAAGAAAGGGAUUUGAUAUAUCAAAUCUACCAGGUAGUUUUGACAAAACAUGAGGAAAGAACCCAAAAUGGAAACUCCUUAGAAUCUGAAAUUGAAAAUAAUUUGCCCGAGCUAAAAUUAAAUGGUGAGUCAGUGACAAUGGCACCAAACAACUAUACAGCAAAUAAAGUUGAUAUUUUUUUAAAGGAGUUGCGGUUGAUGAUUGAUGACUUUGUAGCAAGGUUUGCAGCAGACAACAAAAUCCCUAUGUUAAUCCAUGGUCAAUCAUUGAUUGGUUUUGGCAACACUGGUGUGGAGGAGACAUACAAUAAUGAAGCUUUAAAUCGUUUGUAUAAGUUUUUUAGUGGACACUAUCAGAAAGAUUCAAAUCAGUUAAAAGAAACACCAGAUAUAAAGGAUUCGGAAAACUUGAAAAAUUUUAAAAACUUAACAUAUUCCAAAAAUUUAAAAGCAUUCAUUCAUCGAACCACAGAUAAGUGGACUAAAGUAUCUGAAAAAGUGCCUAGUCUGUCAGAAGAUGGUAGAGAAGUGGUUACAUCCCACAGCAUUCAUCCUCGAUACUUUGCCACAAGUUAUGAGCAUUUUACUCUUUGUAAAGAUAUAAAUGGUAAUGUUGCAGACGUGCCGUUUUUGUGUGGGGUCAAUUAUUUGAAUAAAGAAAGAGUAAUAACCGAUGUUUGCAAGAACAAAGAUGAUUAUGUGCACGAAAAGUUGGGGUUGAUAAAAGGAUAUGUCAAACUAUCCACGCCAUUCGAGUCCAUUGAGACUUUGAUCAAUAGCUGGCAGAUAAUACUUUAUUUAAAUGAUAAGUUUUUGGACUUCUUCUACGGAUACCAAUACCAGGAGAAGUACAAGCGAUUUGAUCCCAGUUUAUUGAAGAUGAAGGGAUACUUGAAGAAAUAUUCGUCAAGCGAGUUGAAGGAACUAUAUUAUAGCAAAGUUCACAACAAGAACGAGCGGUUGAUGUGUCUCAUUGACUACAAGGUCAAGAAAUAUUGGACGUUGUACUAUAUCAAAAAGCAAUACAAAGAGCAGCCAGACUUGGGGUGGUCAUUUGAGUGCGUGGUUCUCAAUAAUUCACAGUUUCCUGAUUACUCGGUUGGAUACUGCCAGCAGUUGGGAGUGGAUGUGGAAUUGCUAUCACUAAACAAGCAGCAUCAUUUGGUGGUUGGUGAUAAAGUGAUAGCAGACAAGAUAGUCAAGCUUGAGCCUGUUGAGGGCCGAAUAGUGAUGUUAAUUGCACUGUAA